AAUCAAUAUUGGUUCAAGAAAUAAUAGAAAACAUAGACUAUAACCACUAAAGAAACUUAAUCAGGAUCAUAAAUCUUCUAAGCUCCAACUCAAGAUGUUUAUAGGCUUAUUUUACCAAAACAUUGCCAGCGAAGAGAAAAAAGGAAAUUUCUCAACUUCUAUGAGGUCAAUAUAAUCCUGGUAUCAAGAAGAUCAAUAAAGAAAGGAAAAUUUAAUCUUACUUAUAAAUAUAAAUGUAAAUAAACAUUCUAAAUAAAAUAAUCAAAAGCCAAAUCCAAUCAGAAUGUCAUGGCCUAACUGGUUUAUCUCAGAAACACAAGGAUAUUAGAAAAAUCUAUUAGUAUUCACCACAUUAAUAGAUUAAGGGAGAAGAAAAAGGUCAUUCCAAUAGACAAAUAACAUUUGUUAAGUUUCAAUGUCCACUUAGAAAAAACUUAGCAAACUAGAGGAUAAUUUUAACUUCUUACAUCAUAAACAGAAGUAUUUAAUGUUAGGCACAAGACAAAGAUGCUUAUCCCUCCGGCUCAUAUUCAACAUAUUCAAGAGUUUGGGCAACAUGAGAAAAAACAAGAAGUGGAAGGAUUAAAGAAGAAAUUAGUCAUUUCUCAGGCCUUAUGGUUCUAUGCACAGAAAACCGAAGAAACUCUACAAAUACUAGUAUUUAUGAGAGUGCAGCAAGGUAGCUGUAUACAUGGCUCAAUGUAAAUAAAUAUAAUUCCUAUAUUCUAGCAGCAGUUAGACAUAACUACCAUGUUUUGGCCUUUUCAGUGCCUAACCAGGCACUACUGUUAGGCUUACAUUAUUUCAUCAUAGGAAGAGUAUAGUAGAUAUAUUUGUCAUCAUUUUGACAGACUUUGAACCUGGGGCUUGGUGAAUUAAGUAAUUUGGCAAAGGUCAUACUGCUGUAAGUUGGGUGAGCCUGGGACUACAACCGAAGUCUAUGUGACCCCAAAGCUUGCCAUGCUUUUAGCCACUAGAUACUAUGUUUUCCUCCCAGUAAUUGUAAAGAAUGUGAUGCUAACCCCUUGCUGCUGACCCCAACUGUUUCUUUUUAAUCUUAAUAUUCUUACGUGUUCUUUAAUAGAAAAAUUAUUCUCACACCCUCAAAUUUUACAGCCAAUAAGCAUGGAUAAAUAAAUGGCCCUGGGAGAGAUUCAGGAUAAUUCGGGGGGGGGGGGGGAAUCUAGAGAGCGGCGGGCUCAAAAGGAUGACAGAGGUAACUGAGGAGGAAAGGUAGAAGCCACGAGACGCCCUGUAGGCCUGGGGGCCCAGGGUUCCACCGGGGGCGGCGGUGCCCAAUCCCUGCUGCGCUCACGCACUGCCUGCUGGGAGGCCCCUCCACCCAGGCUGGCCCCAUCCCAGGGGACAGAGGACCGAGGACCGCACCGACCCGGAGCUCCGCGUCUUCCUGGGUGCUUGUGAGAUGGGGAGAGAGAUGAGGUUCUUCAAUACAGAAAGUCUGGAGUCCAGAGCCUCCUACCGUUCUUCCCAGUGUCCUUAGUGUUAGCCUGGAGAAUGGAUUUCGCGCUACUCCUAGCCUCAGCCGCAGGGGCUCUCGUCACGUUUGCCGCCGCUGCUGUUGCCGCAUUGCUGGUGGUAAAAAGUCUAAGUUCUUUGAAGAAGAGAACAAGCACGGACGACGGGAGCAGUAAAGAAGUGCACUUCCAGAGGGAAGCAAAGAGGAAGCAGGAGACACACAAAGAAUCGGGUGGGACGGCCGAGGAGACCCUGGAAGGGCUGGGGGAGAGGGAACGGGAAGCCCACGAGGACGUGACCAAGGGGGAACGGGACAGCCGAACUCGGAGCCCCAAUUCCUGGAGCAGCAGCUCAGAGAAGGACGCGGUUCCCGCGCGGGAGGCUUCAGCGCAAGUACCCCGACCAUCGGGCGGCGGGAUGUCUGUGGUGGGCAUUGACCUCGGCUUUCUCAACUGCUACAUCGCGGUAGCAAGGAGCGGCGGCAUCGAGACCAUCGCCAAUGAGUACAGCGACAGGUGUACCCCAGCCUGUAUAUCUUUGGGAUCAAGAACUCGAGCCAUUGGAAAUGCAGCUAAGAGCCAGAUAGUCACGAAUGUAAGAAAUACAAUUCAUGGCUUCAAAAAGCUUCACGGGAGAUCAUUUGAUGAUCCUAUUGUGCAAACUGAAAGGAUCAGGCUUCCUUAUGAACUGCAGAAGAUGCCAAAUGGAAGUGCAGGAGUUAAGGUGCGGUACCUAGAAGAAGAGAGACCUUUUGCAAUUGAGCAAGUUACUGGAAUGCUGUUGGCCAAACUUAAAGAGACUUCAGAAAAUGCUUUGAAGAAACCAGUGGCCGACUGUGUGAUUUCAAUUCCUAGCUUUUUCACUGAUGCUGAGAGAAGAUCUGUGAUGGCUGCAGCACAGGUUGCAGGUUUAAAUUGUUUAAGGUUGAUGAAUGAAACUACUGCAGUUGCUCUAGCAUAUGGAAUUUAUAAACAGGAUCUUCCCCCAUUAGAUGAGAAACCAAGAAAUGUAAUAUUUAUUGAUAUGGGACAUUCUGCCUACCAGGUCUCAGUUUGUGCUUUUAACAAAGGAAAACUUAAAGUCUUGGCUACCACCUUUGAUCCAUAUUUGGGUGGCAGGAACUUUGAUGAGGCUUUAGUAGACUACUUCUGUGAGGAGUUCAAGACCAAAUAUAAGAUAAAUGUGAAAGAAAAUUCUCGGGCUUUGUUGCGUUUAUAUCAGGAAUGUGAAAAACUGAAGAAGCUAAUGAGCGCAAAUGCAUCAGAUCUUCCACUGAACAUUGAGUGUUUCAUGAAUGACCUUGAUGUUUCUAGUAAAAUGAACAGAGCUCAAUUUGAACAAUUGUGUGCUUCCCUAUUCACCAGGGUCGAGCCACCAUUAAAAGCAGUAAUGGAACAAGCUAACUUGCAACGUGAAGACAUAAGUAGUAUAGAAAUUGUAGGGGGAGCAACACGAAUUCCUGCAGUGAAAGAACAAAUCACUAAAUUCUUUCUUAAAGACAUAAGUACCACAUUAAAUGCUGAUGAAGCUGUUGCAAGAGGAUGUGCAUUACAGUGUGCGAUUCUCUCACCAGCAUUUAAAGUGCGUGAAUUUUCUAUAACAGACCUUGUUCCCUAUUCAAUCACAUUAAGAUGGAAGACCUCUUUUGAAGAUGGAACUGGGGAAUGUGAAGUAUUCUGUAAAAACCAUCCUGCCCCAUUUUCAAAAGUCAUUACUUUCCACAAGAAGGAACCAUUUGAACUAGAAGCAUUUUAUACUAAUUUACAUGAAGUGCCUUAUCCUGAUCCAAGAAUUGGGAGCUUCACUAUUCAGAAUGUUUUGCCUCAGUCUGAUGGUGAUAGUUCCAAAGUGAAGGUUAAAGUUCGUGUUAACAUUCAUGGAAUCUUCAGUGUGGCCAGUGCAGCAGUAAUUGAGAAGCAAAAUGUAGAAGGGGAUCACAGUGAUGCUCCUAUGGAGACAGAAACUUCAUUUAAGAAUGAAGGCAAGGAUGAUGUGGAUAAAAUGCAAGUUGACCAAGAAGAAGGAGGGCAUCAAAAAUGCCAUGCUGAACAUACCCCAGAAGAGGAAAUCGAUCAUACAGGAACUAAAACAAAGUCAGCUCCCUCAGACAAACAAGAUCGAUUAAACCAGACCAUUAAAAAAGGAAAAGUCAAGAGUAUUGAUCUGCCUAUUCAGAGCAGCCUGUGUAGACAGUUGGGCCAAGAUCUUCUCAACAGCUACAUUGAAAAUGAGGGGAAGAUGAUAAUGCAAGAUAAAUUAGAGAAAGAAAGAAAUGAUGCUAAGAAUGCUGUUGAAGAAUAUGUAUAUGAUUUUAGAGACAAGCUGGGCACAGUCUAUGAAAAAUUCAUCACUCAAGAAGACUUGAAUAAACUGUCUGCAAUAUUGGAAGACACAGAAAAUUGGCUUUAUGAAGAAGGAGAGGACCAACCUAAACAAAUUUAUGUGGAUAAGCUUCAAGAACUAAAGAAAUAUGGCCAGCCUAUUCAGAUGAGGUACAUGGAACAUGAAGAGAGACCAAAAGCUUUAAACGACUUGGGAAAAAAGAUUCAGCUUGUUAUGAAAGUGAUAGAAGCAUACAGAAACAAGGAUGAAAGAUACGAUCAUCUGGAUCCUGCUGAUGUGGAAAAAGUUGAAAAAUACAUUAGUGAAGCCAUGAGUUGGCUGAACAGUAAGAUGAAUGCACAGAACAAACUAAGUCUCACUCAAGAUCCUGUGGUGAAAGUUUCAGAAAUAGUUGCAAAGUCAAAGGACCUGGAUAAUUUUUGUAACCCCAUCAUUUACAAGCCCAAACCGAAAGUAGAGGUUGCUGAAGACAAAGCAAAAGCUAAUAGUGAACACAAUGGACCAAUGGAUGGACAGAGUGGGACUGAAACUAAACCAGAUACAACAAAAGACAGCUCCCAGCAUACUAAAUCUUCUGGAGAGAUGGAAGUGGACUAAGUCUUAAUUUCACCUUCACAUAAUUCAAACAGUGCAAGCAACCACAAGGUCCAUUCUUCCUUUUACAUGUGGUACACACAACAUAUGUUCAGUUGUUCUUAACCACUUUUUGUCAUUUGUUUUUUGCAGUAGUUUUGAAAAGUGUUUUAUAUUGAGUGCACCUCUGUUCAUUUCCAUUGCUGCUUAUGUGAAGCUUUAGCUGAGUAUAGAUUUACAAGUCAGUUUUAGCUUUCCUAAUACAUGUUGUAUCAAACAUGCAAGACUGAUAUGUAUUUGGCAACAAUCUACCUUAUUUAAAGCUUCUACUUGGAUAAACCUCAACUCCUGUAUUCAGGAGAGGAUACUGUAUUGCACUAUUGUUGCAGAAGCAUAGAUUUAAUUGCAUCAUCAUUUUGAAAAACAUUGAGAUUGAUGUGGUUUAAAGCCACUGAGGCACUGACUUUUUUCUAGUUAUUGUAGUUAUAAUUUAAAUAUUAAAACAGAUAGUCUCAUUGGUGUGCCAUGAGAACUUCAAAGUGUUGUCAUCACAUAAAUGAACUAAAUCACAUGUUAAAAAAGGGAAAACACAAUUUUUAUGUUACGGUGACACCAGCAGUUUGCAUCUUUUAUUAGUAAUGUGGAUUGAUGUUUUCUCAGAGUAAUUCAGUGUCAUUUUCACUUGAAACUUCUGAUCUACUUGUCCUGAAGACCAGCUGCUGCUAAAGUAAUACUAGCCUAAAGAUAAGAAGCAUUUUUGAUGAAAAUACCUUCAUGUUAAGGGGGAAAUGCUGUUGACCUACUCUGACACGCAUCUGUGAUGUUGAUAGCCUUGUUUCAAUUUCAAUAGUUGUUCUGGUUUUCUUAAUUGAUUUUGUUAAUAUCUUAACACAGGGUAGGGAGAAAUGGCACAAUGUGUAUCGCAUUAUAUACAUUUAUCACUGAUUUACUUAAUGUUAAGAAAUAGGUAAACACUAUUAAAUACGCGGUAAUACUUGAAAAGAAGUACUUAUACCGUAAGUCUUAGGAAAUAAUGCUUGUAAUAAACUUAACUAUGUUACAUAUCAACAGGCAAAAUAUAGAAUGUUACAUAAGUGUAAUAUGAUAUGAUGUGAUUAAAUUAUAGUUCCUGCUGUUACAUCACCUGUUCAGAUCUUGGCUCCAGUUUUGGUGCUUCUUAUAUAUAUUUUAUGGGACAAGGGACUGUGAAAUUAAGAUAUUUUAAGGACUUAGUCUGUGCUUCAUCACCAGAUUUGUUCACAUUGUUCAGUUCAGAGGCUUGGAACUAUUUAAGUAAGGGAGCAGACUGAAAUGACUUUCCAAUCCUACAAGAAGCAUAGAUAAUGCCAUGGGCACUUGUGUUCCAUGCCAAUCAACUAGAUUAAACCUAAGUUAAAAUUUUGAAAGGCUCACUUUUCCCCAAAGCUAAACCUUUAUAUUAAGAACAAUUACUAUUGACUUUUCUUAAGUAGUAAAAAUUGAGAGUUGAGUAUCUUUAGGGAUAGUCAUUAUUUCUCACAAAUAGUUCUCUUAAGAGAGAUUUUGUUUCUACAAUGUAGUCUGCACUGAAAGGGGAGAGUAUGGAGCGGUGCAUUUGCAGGGAUUUUUAUUCAUCCCUUUUGAGGGAGAUGUCCAUUUUUUGGAUUAAAAAAUCCUAUAGACCCAAUAUAUUUUUAAUGUCUUCUAGUCUUUAAAUUUAACCUUGUCUGAAUACUCUAAAAGUGAACUAAUCAUAUCCAUUAGUAAUGAAGUACUUUUUGUUUUCUUUGAAGCAUCAGUUACUUUCUUUCAAAAGUUGAACAAAAAGGUUCAUUUCAGGAAGUGCAUCAAAGUUAGGAAUAUUUCAAUACUACACAUUGGGAGUUUAUAGCUUUUUUUGAGUUAACAAGAAAAUUACCCACUUCGUUAGGAGCUAUAUAGUUCCAAAACUUAUUGUGAACAAAUGAGGAAAAUAACCCUUUCUGCAUCUGAAUUGUCUAAUUAUGCCUGACAUAUUCUGUUCCUUCUCUUUAGUUUAUAUAGUUCUAUGUUUUAGUCAGAUAUAUAACAUUCCAGUUUUUGCAGUUAUAGAACAUUUUACUUAAGUACAUCCAAAGAUAGUUUGUAUACUUUCCCUACUCAUUCUGCUAAAAUGAUAUUUUCAAAAGCCCUUUAACCUUAUGAUGUGGUUAUUUAUUGAAUAUGUUAAUAAAGGAAAAUUCAUUCUCCUUAAUACAGUUUUGGGUAGAAGAUAUGGUUCAGUUUAAUUUUGAUCUGCACUGAAAUAUAUGCAAGACUAGAUGAGAAAACUUUUCUUCAAAAUAAAAAGCCCACUAUUUUAGAAGUUAUUUUAAAAGACAGAAAAUUAGAAUGUUUUCUUAAGAUCAAAUAUGAACCGAAUAUGUAAAAAAUAUCUAAGAUGAUUACUACACUUUGGAAAAAUAGAAAUUACUUGAUUUCAGAAUCCAACUCCUGAUACCCAUACUGUGAUUUAAAAAAAAAAAAAAAGAUUCCUAAAUAAGUUUGUGAUGUUUCAGGUCCUUAGCAAUAUACAGAAUUCUUACGUUUUAAAACAAUUAGAAACAGCACACCAAAGAAUUGGGCUUUUGGAAUAAACAGAUAAUCUUAGUUUAAGAGUAUAAUUUAAUUAGACUUUCAUUAAGAAGCAAUAAAGAUUUCUUAGAGUUUCUUGGCCAAUUUUUAGUGUAUUUAGGAUUAUUUCCUAGAUAGAAGCCCAUAUUAAAAUGAAUUUUGGGGCUCAAUUUUCAAUAUAAUAAUAAGUGUUAAAGCAUUUUAUCCAAGUUAGCACAUCUUGAACUGUUUUGAAAAAUUAUCAAGAUUUAAAAGACAAUGAGCAUUCAAAUAUAGUAAUCCAGUAACCUGACUUCAGUUUGACCUAAAAUAAAUAGAACCAUUCCUUCAUUUUCAUAAAUUUUAUAAUGAUAAACCUAUAAACCUUUCCAUCAGGAUUUUGUUUUGUUUUUAAUAGCUGAUAUUUAGUAGUUCACAACAACUGAAACCUUGGCAUUGAUCUUACAUACUAUUUAAGGGACUAUUAAAUGACAUGAGAAACAGAACUUCAUCUCUCUCACCUUCUAGAAAUUUACAACCAAAAACUUCAAGUCUAAGGUACAUAUUAUUUUGCGGUUAAACUCUGGAAGUUUUAAGUGGAAUUUGGCUUUGUGAUAUUUGAUCCUAUAAAAUUUAAUGAUAGGCAUAAUUUAAUUGUAUGAAUACUUAAAAUCUGAUGGCACUAAUUGUAUGAAUACUUAAAAUCUGAUGGCAUUGAUAAGUUAGCCACUGAUAACUUUUCAAAUGACAGAGGUAGUAAGGAUGCUUAUAAAGUGUGCCUCUAAUAUUUUAUUAUCCUCUUACUCUACAGUGUUUUAUAACUAUCAUUUAGCAAACUCUAAUCUUAAAGCAGUCAAUUUCAGAAGACUUUUUGAUCAAAAAAGAAAAAGGUUUAAAAUUACCUUUUGUUUUUUUGUCAAGGGUCUUAUUUAAUCCAAGGUCUUAUUUUAAAAGUUCCCAGGAAGCAUAUAAUUCUUUAUCUUUUGAUACAAAAGUGACAAAUUUAAUGCAAAUCAAAAAGACCAAAACUCUUAACCAAAACAAAAGACUUCAGCUAUUUUGCUUUCACAUCUCUAAAAUGUACUAAAAUCAGUGUUCUUCUAUAUACUCUGGUUUCCUAAGAAAACAGCUUUCGGUUUAUAAAACAACCAGAUGUUUAAACUUUUUUUUUUUUUUUUUUUUACUAAAUUCAAGGGUAUUUGUUUUACCCAAAGGGCACCAGGAAUUCUUAGAAUGUUAAACUGGAACUGUUUAGGAGAGAAAACUUAAAUGUCUAUGGCAGCAGUCAGGUUACCUAAUAGGUGGAAACAGUUCUUUCGUCUUCCAGAUCCCCAAGGAUACUUCUAGCAUAUUAUUAGAAGUACUAAAAGAAAAAGCACAUCUGUUAAAAUAUGUUGUUAUAAGUGACUGGGAACAUCCAAGUCAAAGAAAAAAAACUAAUAAUUGAAUCAUGAACACUUGACUCAGCCUGUCAAGCAGGUCAAAGUCCAUAACCAUAACAAAAAUUAACAGUAUAAUCUUUGUUUUACUGUCAUGUUCUAAGUCACAGGGUGAUUAUUAAGUAUAUUGAUACCUAAAAAUAACCCAUCCUGUACAAAGAUAAGUGAAAUUCAGUAUGUCUUUCUUUUAUGUGUAUAAACUGUAGAUAGAAAUGAUCUUAUUCUUUCUGGUUAAUCUUGUUUUAUUUGUCCUCUCAUCCAGUUCUAGGGUCUCCUAUUUUUCUCAAGCAUAUUUUGCUUUUUUAUUUUAGAUUAUUCUUUAGGGCUUUUAUUUCGUGGAUUUUUAAAAAUAGUUUCACUGCUAUCCUACCACUUUGAUAGCUAAUUUUAUUACCUUUGUUCCCUUUAAAUACCAAAUCUUAACUGUGAAGAAUGUUUUGACUCUUAAAUUCAUACUUGAAAAGUCGUGUUUUAAGUUUCCAUACAUAAUAUCUCUAAAAUUUAAAGAUUUUUCAUGUUUUGGCCUUAGAAUACUUUCAAGUAGAAUACUUUUAAGUAGUUCCAGACCAAAAGAGGUCAGUUUUGUGAAUUAUCAUGUAUUAAGAAAUCCAACAUUCCUUACUUUUAAAACAAAUAUCAAUGUGACAAAAUAACAAGGGUCCAAAAUUCAAAAUAGUUAAAGGUUAGCCACCUUCCAUUCACUGUUGCUUUCUGAUUUACAUACAUGUGCUGUGCAUCUUCUUGUUUAGAAUUUCCUAAAUUUUUGCUUCCAAGACCUUGAGUUAAAAUCCCCUUGAAAUCAUAUGGACCCAUCCAGAAUAAGAUGUUAAAAUGUAAUUAGAAAUAGGGAAAUCAAGGUAAUGCUAUAAAGUGUUGUAUUUUUGUCGUAUUUUUGUCCCUGAAAUAAAAUUUUAUGGCUUAGUGUCUUAGGGAACUCACGUUAAAAGUGGUUUCCCUUUAUACUUGGUAUGAUGAAGCCAUUGUUUAAUAUUACAGUAUAUAGAAGCAGGUUUUUAUUGAAAUUAUCAAAUUGUUUUAGUUCUAACAGUAUGGCAUCCAAGUCAUUUUUUCUUUUCUUCACUAUUAAAAUAAUUUAUGUACAUGGUGACUCUGACUCUAGUCAUUAGUGUAAAACAACAUCUGGCAGUUUAGUUCCUACUUUAAUUUCCCAGUUUGUUUUCAAUACAAAGAGUAACCAGUGCAAUGCAUAAAAUCAUAACCAAGUGUGAUGUGUAAAAAAAUAAUCAACUGAUUUUCGCAUGUAAUAGACCCUCAGCUUCAGUGAGUCAACAUGAGAAUGGUUUGUGAUUUUACAUUGUAACGUUCUAGGAAUAAUAUAGAUUCGGCAUACAAUAUUGGUUCACAAACAUCCUUAAAAAUGUUUACAGAUAUCAGGAUCAAAGUAUAUAAAACACUUUAUGUAAAUUUACAUCUUCAUACUAGUCAAGAAAUAGCAAUUGAUAAUAAAUGCAAUUACUUUUUGGAUGACAGUGCACAUUGUCAAGUCAUGUAAUUAGAAUAAACGUAUAUCUAUUUACUCCAUGAA